AUUCUUUCACACGACAAUCACAUUAAAGUUAAUGACAUAAAAAUAUCAAGGUCAACAAAAGAUUAGCAUGAUUUUGCAAAACGGAUUCCAAAACGAGUAUCCAUCAAAACAGAACGAAACAGAAAUCUCAAUGGAAAAGAAACCGUAGUAUUCAAUGUUUGAUGAUGAACGUGACUGACAUCACACAGGAACCGUAUACAACAUACUAUUCUCCAACACCUGUAAAGGAAAAUAAAACGCCAUACAUUGCAAUUACCUUUGCUACAUUUUCCGUACUAGUAAUACUUAGCAACUCAAUUUUCCUCGUGUUUUAUCUCAUAUCUGGACACAAAACUGCUCAUGGAUUCUUCGUCAUGUCACUUUGUAUUGGAAACUGUCUUAUCGGAUGUUCGGCAUCACUGUCUACUCUGCAAUCUAUAAUAACUGGGACACCUUAUGUCUGUUCAAUCAGCACAUGGACAUUGACAUGGGGAAUUAUCUUCAACAUAUGCAUAACCUUCUGGAUCUGUCUGGAGAGAUAUAUCAUCGUACAUCAUGUUCCAAUGAAAAACGUUCAAUGGAUGCAGAAAAAUAGGAGACAGAUCGUUUCGGGUACUGCUUUAGGUAUUGCUAUCUAUUUGACAAUUCUCUUUGCAUGUACUGGGGACAAUAAGGUUGUUAUAUGUGAUGGAAUACAUCUGUUUCGCCAUCUUUAUCCUGUGUAUGCAGGUAUGACGUCAGUUCCGGUCUUUUGUUUUUUGUUAGCUACCGUGGUUUUGUACAGAAAAACACUAGUUAGGCUCUCUCAGCUGAAAAGGAAAGAAAACAGCGCCCUUAAAAGGAAAACGAAAACCAACUUACAUGUAAAACGAACCACUCCUGAGAAAAUACCGCCUUUAAGCGAACAAUCUGAAUCGUCGGAAUGUCAACAAACAAGAACUAUUAACUUGUCUACAAUAGAAUUUAAUGACAUUACAAAUGACAUAUAUUCCAAAACGAAUAAAAAAGUUUUGACUACCACUUCAAAUACUUCAAGACAAAUCACAAGCACAGAGGAAAAAAGAUCAGAAAAAUCACAUGAAAGUAUCAACUGGCAAACAAAGGCUCACAAAAAUGUUCGAGUUAUCAUUUGUCAAGUAUCACUAUACAGCUUAUCUUUGAUUGCUGGUCAAAUUGCAGCUAACUUUGGUGCUUUCCAAAUACGCUCAUUUUUCAUGGCUGUAAUGCUGCUCUGUGUUUUUAUUAGUCCGUUUGUGUACGUGGUGCGUGUACAAGAAGUAAAAGUGGCGAUACAGAAAGCAUUUCGUUGUAAUGAUAAUACUGUAGACAUCAGUACAGAAUUCCAAGACUAAAAAUAAGCGGUCAGAAUGGCAAAAAAGAAAAACAAAGGAUAAAGGGUAUUCAUCCGACACAAAAUCAUGUCUUUUAUGUUACGACGUUUGAGUUUAGCAUUAUCUACUGAUAAGAACACGAAAUAUUUAUCUUUGCAUCUAAAAUCUACUAGAUGCAUAAUAUGCUUAUUUUCUCAAUGUAAACAAUUUUAGGUCAAAGUAUUCAGUCUUCAACACGGAGCCUUGGCUCACACCGAUUACUGAAUGCGAUUUUAAAAAUUUUGUCCCGGAAGACAAUGAGAUGGUAGUUGAAAAUAUUAUAUUGAACUGUUUUUACAUUAAAAACACAACUUAAUAAUGUUAUCUGUAUUCAUAAAAAUUAUAAAUAUGUACCAAUUGGUAAAA